CAAGAUGCAGGCUGAUGCAACAACAGGUGGCCUUGAUGACGAGGCACUGUCUUUGUGAAUGAUGUGUUCAAUUCCGUCUUAUUCUUCUGCAUUACGGUAUUCUCUGUUGCUGAGUGAGUAUCGAAUCUUCCUUCGGACGGACCAUCAGCAUUCUAAUGCAUGGAGCACCGACUUACUCAUCACUGUUGAUGACCUACCUCUUUAUUAGUGCAUGACUACUGACCGAGCCCUUUAUCAUUAACAAUCACUGGCUACCAAGCUUGCUUGCAUGCAUGCCCACGGUCAGACCACGCGGAAUUGCCACACACAAGUUCUGGAUAGGCCGAUAGCAUUCGAUUCUACUAGCUACCAGUAGUCAUUCCUCCACACAUCAGCCAUCAGAAAAGCAGAACAGAGGGUAUAUACCUUAUCAUCAGUCCACACAAGUUAUUCUCUCCAGUCCUUCCUAGGCUCCAACGAGAAUCCAAAUAGUAUAGCACAAGAAAAACCAGCACCAUGAGCAUGAUGAUAACGCCAAUACAGCGCUUCAACCUUGUCUUAAUAUCAGCAGCACUGUUGCUGAGUCAGCAGUCACUGGCAAAUGCCCUGAUCACUCACAACACUCGAAGUAUCCGACCAUUGACGACGAGAACUCCUACUAGCACCACUCCUCCGUCUGUGGGUAUCAUCACCACUCGACGAUAUGCUUCCUUGCAACCGAAUCCUUUUGACGACAAGAACAAGAAGGGAUCCUUUUGGUCCCCUUCCGAGGAACGAUCUAGUCCCCUGAAAGUACGACGGCGGGUUCGAUCGGCCUUUCAACGGUUUGGUCGAGGCAGCAAACUCUCAUCGGGUGAGUCGGAUACCGCUGAAAAGACCACAUGGUCUCGACCGGGAGAAAAGUCCAGUGCGUUGGGAGUCAGAAGUCGUGUGAAAGCCGUCUUGAAAAAGGCCAAGUCUCGAACGGGCAUUCAAAACUCGUCGGAAGAGGAACCGGCAGGCCUUUGGGUGGCCGAAGUCGCAUCCAUUGGAGGAUUGUCGGAAGAAAGCGAUCUGGUCAUCAAGGCAAGAAAUGGCAAAGCCAAUGGUAAACCAGUCAAUGGAGCAGCAGCCGCUCCGAAUGGUAGCAGCAAGAGCAAUGGAGUGGUGGUGAAUCCUAGUGCCACCAGUGCCAGUAAACUGAGGGCGGCGGCUGUGGUGGAUCUCGAAGUGCACGGUAAAACUAGCAGCAGCAACUCUCGCGGGAACUCGACCGUCGUGGACGGACUGCGAGCCGAUGUUCCCACGGUACCUCCCGAGCCUCUUCCCUUUACACUCCCCAAACUCACUCCCGAACAAGAAGCACAAUUGUUGGCGGGAGAGCGCGUCCAAGAACAGUCCAAAAUGGGACGCGAAGGAUCCGGUUAUGUCGUCAUGGAUGUCAAAGCACCGCCCUUUAUCAUUUGGGAAUGUCUCUUGGACUUUGAAAACUACCCCGAACUCAUCAAAACGGUACGAUCCAUGGAAAUGUUUACCAGCAACAAAUUGAAAUCCGGAUAUCACGCCGAAAAACCCGUACCGGCAGGAACCAAUCGACAAAUACGACACUACGGAAUACCCAGUGUGACACGAGCCGCCUUUUGUCUCUCCAAGUUUCGAUUGAACAUUGCUGCCAUUCACAAUUAUCGUCCUCAUCCCGAUGGACAUUACAUGGUGUUCAACUUGGAUCCCGAGUGUACCAAUAUGGUCUUGCAAAGUGCGAAGGGAAUCUGGUACACAGAAUCCCAUAUUGACGGACGGGGAGAGGAGUAUACCCGUGUUUGGUUGCUCUGCAGUCUAAAGGUAUCGUCACUACUGCCGAAAUUCAUUGUCGACUACACUGCCAAGAGAGCCAUGCCAAGAGCCACCAAUUGGCUCAGACCUCACAUUGAACCAAUCGCCGAAAUGUGGGCCGAAGAAGAACGAAAACAUGAGUCAAAAUAAACAAGAAGAUGGGACUUGCAGACCCUGCAGCAAUCUAUCGCCUCUCUUUGUUUCGUCCCUGUAACUUGCAAGGAUGCCAACAUGGUUUUGUCGUUUGCCCUCCAGCUUCCAAU